GGCCGAGCGAAUUGCAUAGACCAAGGAGCGCAUCGCCUGCCUCAACAACAAAACCCGCCCAAGACUUGCUGCCUCAACAGCAGCAGCGUUGAGCUUACCGAAGCCAUUGACCUCGCGACUGCACAACAGCUUCGACGUAGAUAGCCUCGUCACCCACCCAUCCUCCGCAAUCCGCACGCGCCCGUCCUCGUCCUCGUCCUCGCACCGACCGCCCAUCGCUCAAUUGAACCCACACGUUCAACCCACAAACACAUCAUGACGCUUGGCGCAGGGCCCUCCCUGCACCCCGGCGACUGGCCCUCGAGGGCCGUCCUCAAAUUCCCACCCGACGCCGCCCCGCCGCCCAUUGCCAACCCGUGGACUGGCGAGUCGACCUUUGCGAACCCCUUCCCAAUCCCCCAAGAUAUAUUCCAGGCCGCCUUGUCGUACAAGGUCCCGCUGGCCAUUGCCUCCGUCUACGCCGUCACCGUCACCUACUUCAACUGGUACAAUCGCCAGCAUGGAAACAAGGCCUGGAGAAUCGCAAAGACGCGCCCCUUCUUCGUAUUUGUCGUCUUCCACAAUGUCUUUCUGGCCGUCUACUCGGCCAUCACCUGUGUGGCCAUGAUUCUGUGCUUGAAACACUCUUUCCCCCACUACACCGAGGCCAAUGCCGUCGUGGGCACCAUCGACGCCCUCUGCAAGAUUCACGGCCCCCGCGGACUCGGUGAUGCCGUCACCUAUCAGACAGACGCCAACACUUGGACCAGCUUGAACUCGAACAUUACCGUGGGCCCCGCCGGCUUGCCUGACACGACGGAUGUGGGCAGGAUGUGGAACGAGGGUCUUGCCUUCUGGGGCUGGUGGUUCUACCUCUCCAAGUUCUACGAGGUCCUGGAUACCGCCAUCAUUCUUGCCAAGGGCAAGCGAAGCACCACGCUCCAGAAAUACCACCAUGCUGGCGCCAUGCUUUCCAUGUGGGCUGGCAUGCGCUUCAUGUCGCCGCCCAUCUGGAUGUUUGUCUUGGUCAAUUCGGGCAUCCACGCGAUGAUGUACACCUACUACACCGUCUCUGCGUUUCGCAUCCGUGUACCCAAUGUGGUCAAGCGAACCCUUACCACGCUGCAGAUUACCCAAUUCCUUGUCGGGACCACCUUCGCCGCCAUGCAUCUCUUCAUCUCUUACACGGUGCCAGUUGCGGUCGCAUACAAGGUCGCUGAGAAGGUUGCACCCCAACUCAACACUUCCACUAUCGCAUCUGCUAUUACCUCGGCCACGGACUCCGCAACCCUAGCCCUUCCCACAGCAACUGGCGUUGCUGUAGCUUUCCUCAGGAAGCUCAUCUACCGCGCAGCGGGUGACGAAGGUCUUGCCGAGAAUAUCCCAGUCCCCGGUUCACCUCUACCCGUCCACCAACAACAACACGUAGUUGCCGGACAUGCUGAUCCCCACCACCCAGUACAGAACUUCUUCAGGCACCAUGACACCGUGGAAAGGGUCGUUUACCGCACCGAGUACCAGACCGUCCCCUGCAUCGACACGUCUGGCCAGGCGUUCGCCGUUUACCUCAACAUCAUCUACCUGACUCCACUCACCCUGCUGUUCAUGCGCUUUUUCUUCAAGUCUUACCUCCGCCGCACAAACCCCAACGCCAAGCACCAAAGCAAGCACGCCAUUUCAAAGGCCGCUCAUGAUGCUUCUCAUGGCGUAGAGCGUGAGAUCGAGUCCCUCGGCCAGGCCGCUGAAGACGGCAUCUCGUCCGCCGUCAAGAGGUCCAAAGAUGCUCUGCGUGGUCGAAAGGUCAACGCCAAUGGCAAUGCCAAGGAUGAGCGACAUGGUAGCAUGAGCCCUGCGAAUAAGAAGUUUCUCGACAACGUGAACAAGAAAGUCAGCCAGCGGUUGCAGGAGCUCGACGAGGGCGCCGAGGCUACGGUAAAGAAGGCGAAAGAGAUGGCAAAGAAUGUAGUUGGAAAGGCUGAGGAGACAAAAGAGAACGUCGAGGGCCAGUACCAGGAGGGCAAGGAGAAGGCUAAGCAGGAGUCACAAAAGGCAAACGACAGUGCGAAGCAAGAAGUAAAGAAGGACAGCGGUAAUGUCAAGGAAGAGCAGUCAGGCUCACGGCCGGGAACGCCACUGACACCACAGUCGAAAAAGGCCAAGCAACGUGCGAACAAGAAGGCGCGAGAACAAUCUGAGAAGUCGGAGGAGCAGUUGGACAACGAGUGGGUGCAGAAGCCGGAGAGAGAAGCCGAGCCAAAGGAUCUGAACAAUACGCUGGAGAAGCGCGAUGGCAAAGGUCUUUUCUGAGUCUGAGAUGACGAUAACUCGGCGAGAGGUCCUCUACGAACGUAUACUGUGCAGGAAGCGGGUUUUCUCCUAUUGGUUUCCUUCUGUUUUCGAACUGGGUUUCCUGGCGUAGGCGCUGCGUAGGUGUAAUAGACUAGAGCACUAGCCGCGACACUGGAUGGAUUACGGGCAGUACUGAUACACAAAAGUCUAAUGGAAGACCGGACC